AAGCAGGUAAAUUUUUCUUUUCUUCUGAGCAGAACAACUUGCUGCAGCUGCUAAAAAUGACACAAAAUCCAGCUUAAAUUUGACAUUUUCCUGUUUUUAUUUUCUAUCCAAAUCGUUUCUGAUAAAGUUCAGCUCAUCAGUUAAACAUGAUGAUGCAAACAUGCUGUCUGCUGCAGAGAAAGAACCAUCAACCUUUUUAUGAUCAAAACCUGAAUCGCUUGGAUCAAUAACAACAGAUCAGGAAGAUGGUGUUUGCUGUGAUGAAUACAUUAGGCCAAACGUUGCUUCCUAAUAAAAUCAUCUUUUCUGGGCAUGAUUAAUUCUUUUUCAUUCAUAAAGUGUUUAAGGCGUCUCGCGCAGGGCUGCAGUCUUCACCCUGCAGGCUGCAGCAGGUGAGAACACUGGAACCACUUUCCAGCUGCAGAAGGCCUGCUGUCUCAAAGAUGGCUGCCGGCAUUUGCCACGCCCCCUUCUAUUCCUUUUUUAUAUCUUUUUGCUUUUGAAAAGGUUUAAAAAUACAUUGGGAUAUAUAUUGUAUAUGUGGAGUGUCUCCAUUAACACGUGGUGGCAAAAAGUGCGAAAUGCGACUUUAAAAAUGCGCAAAAUGCGCAUCCAGAGCUGCAGUGUUUAAUGAGGGAUGUGAUGCCUUGAUGUGGCAAAUGAGGAUAAAAUUAAUGAAAGUGCUGUUUUUUUCGCUCAAACAGUCAAAUAGCAGUAUAUUCCACUAAAGUGGGGAUUAAAGAAUGUCCCUGCGGAGUCAUUUUUAUUGUAAAAUCGAUUAGAGACUCUUGCUUCUGAAUAUUCAAAUUGAAAGUAACGCGCAAUCAAAUCAUUGUCAAAUCAUUGAGUUCUAGGGGUUUUAAAUAGUAGGCAUGCAGCGAGAAAAUCUCAAACUAAUAUGUCCCCAGCUAUAUUACAAUAUUGUUGCAUGCUCUGACUCUCCUGGAAGACAUUUGUGUCGAGGUUUUUGGAGACUUUUGCUCAAAUUUCGUUCUUGGCCAUUUUGCUGAGGCAGAAAAAAGGACAUUGUGGAGUUCCUCAGGUCUUCUCCAGGGAUCUUCUCCUCAUCUCAGCCAUCAUGUCUGGAAAGUCACGGGUGUACCAGGGCGUCCGGGUGAGGACCACGGUCAAAGAGCUGCUGCAGAUGCACAGAGAAAAGGUGGCCAACAGCAAGAAGUAUAAAACGGUUUACCUGGAACAUAAGGAGCUCUGCGAGUCCACCGCCCCAAGUCGCCAUGCGGACCCUCCUCCCGCUGUCCCCCUAACGGAUGCUAGCAGCUGCAGGUUGCGCGCCGUCCCGUUGCACACCUACUCCUUCCCGAUGUCCGACAGCUCCUGCACCAUCCAGAUGCCGGCGAGCACUUUUAACCACACCCAGCAGCAGUUUGAAGAGGUGAUGUUGCCUAGCAACGGCUAUAACAACAACAACAGCACCAGUGGGACCUUGGACUACAGCACCUCCCUGCCUCCCCUCUCAGCAUCCUCCCCGCUGUGUUGGGGCCACGGAAUCUCCUCAGAUACUGACUACUAUGGACAUGGGAUGGCUGCUGCCUCCUCAUCUGAGUCUCUAACAUUCUGCAACUCCUUGGAUCCCAACAGCUACUCCCCACAGGACUCCUUCUCCUCCUCGUCUUCCUCCUGCUACGACUCACCCACCAGGAUGGAGUGCAGCUACGCCUUCAGCUCGGAGCACCACUGCUACCAGCACUGUAACCCCCAUCAGGACUGCUGGCUGGGCCAGCAGGAAGGCUUCCCCACGGCUGAAUUCCCUCCUUUCUACGACCCCACAGACUAUCCCAGCGCUGGUCCUGUGGAGGAGGGAUACUUCAGGAAGGAUUUCCCGCUGAGCUCUGAGAUGUGUUACAAGGUUCUAUGAUAAGAAUUUCUUCAGCAUUAAUUUGUACCUGAUAGUAAAUGUGAGUGUCUUCCAGCAGGAUUGUUUGCUUUGACCGACUUAUGCUGCAGUGAAGAACUGAUGAACACUGUGUGGACAGGCUUCUAUUUUUAUAUCUUUUUUGUUGUUGUUCUUACAACUUUUUCUGCAUCGAGCAAAAUAAAAACAUGUAAUUUUCA